AUGGGAUUCGAUUUUAAAUUAAAAAUUUCAAAUGCAUCACAAUUAGUUGUGAUUUCAAAAGGUAAACCAUUUUUAAUUGGUAAAGAAAUGAGUAAUAUUGAAAUUAUUGAAAAUGGUACAAUGAUUAUUGAUGAAAAUGGUAUUAUUUUUGAUAUUGGUACAUUUAAAGAAAUGGAAGAGAAAUAUAAAGAUAAAAGUUUUGAAAAAGUUUUAGAUUGUACAGGAAAAUCUGUAUUACCAGGAUUUGUUGAUGGACAUACACAUCCAGUAUUUAGUGGUGAUCGUGUUCAUGAAUUUGCAAUGAAAUUAGCAGGAGCAACCUAUUUAGAUGUUCAUAAAGCAGGUGGUGGUAUUCAAUUCACUAUUUCACAUACUAAAAAUAGUACAGAGGAUGAACUUUAUCAACUUUUAAUACCAAGAUUGAAUAGAAUGUUAAAGAAUGGUACAACAUUGAUUGAAGCAAAGAGUGGGUAUGGAUUAGAGACUGAAACCGAGAUGAAAAUGUUGAAAGUGUUAGAUAGAGCAUCUAAACAAUUUCAAGGUGUUGAAAUCGUGUCCACCUAUUUAGGCGGCCAUGCAAUCCCAAAGGGUAUGAAUGCAUCCGAGGCCACCGACGACAUCAUCAAUAAACAGAUACCAGAAUUGAAGAGAUUAAAAGACGCUGGGGAAAUAUCGCCAGCUAAUAUCGAUGUCUUCCUUGAGAAAGGUUUCUUUGAGUAUGAAGACACUAAACGUAUCCUUCAAGCUGGUAAAGAUAUUGGAUUGGAGUGCAAUUUCCAUGGCGAUGAAUUAUCCUAUAUGAAAUCUGGUGAAUUGGCAGGUGAGUUGGGUUGCAGGGCAAUUAGUCAUCUUGAGAAGGUUAGUGAAGAUGGUAUGAAGGCAAUGGCUGCCACUCCAACCUUUGCUGUACUUUUACCAACCACAGCUUACAUCUUAAGAUUGGAAUGUCCACCCGCUAGAAGAAUGAUUGAAUUAGGUGUACCAGUCGCAUUGGGAAGUGAUUUCAAUCCAAAUGCUCAUUGUUUAUCAAUGCCUUUUGUUAUGAAUUUAGCGUGUGUACUCAUGAAAAUGAAUAUGAACGAAUCUUUAGUUGCUGCCACCUUAAAUGCUGCUGCCUCAAUCAAUAAAUCUUCAACUCAUGGUUCACUAGAAGUUGGUAAAUUUGCUGAUUUUGUUAUAUUAUCUGCUGAUAAAUGGGAACAUAUCAUUUAUGAAAUGGUUGAUCCACCAAUUUCCCAUGUAUUUAAAAAAGGUAAUUUAGUUUUUUCUAAUAAUAAUUAA